AUGCAACACUUACAACAGACAAAUGGAAAUGCUGCAUCUGCUACUCAAGACCUAUAUGACGCAUGUAAACAAAACGAUGUUGCCACUGUUCAAAAAUAUCUACAAGUCAUGUCCGCUGAUGGUAUAACUGAACGAGUAUCAAAUGGAAGCACAGCAUUACAUGUGCAUCACGUACAAUACGUAAUAUGCCAUUUAACUGCAUAUGAAGAAGCUCGAUCACAUAGUACAAAAGAUGUGUUUCGGUGCAAAAAUACUAAUGAUAAUGACAAUGAGCGUUUUAUUGGUGGUGAUCUUCAUACUGAAUGGACAUUGGUAUCUCGUGAACCAUUUAAAAGACGAGAAUAUAUACGAAGUCAAUUAAGGCAGUUUUUAUCAUUAUUACAAACCAAUCCUCAUAAUCAUGUUGAUCACAGAUUUGAAACAAUCGUUCCAGACAUACAUUUGUAUAUCGAUACUUUACCUCUAACCAGUGGUGAACGAGAUAAAGUGAAAGGAUAUUUUUCAAAAUUAGCAGAAACACGUGAUCCAACAUACAUUGUAAAAGCCUAUAGUAGCACAACACAUUUUUAUAAAUAUUUAAAUCAAAAUAUUGCAAUGUAUGACAAAUAUUGCAAAUGUAUUUGUUGCUUUUUUGAGUUUUUGACGUGUCUUUUCGCUUUUUUCAAUAAUUUCUACAUGAAUCUGAACAUGGUGUAUGCGUUAUUGCUGAUGUAUUAAGAAAAUUUUCUACGAGUAGUGGUGUGACCGAUGUAGAACGAACAAUAUUUAAUGAUGAUUGUUCUUGUGAAGUGUUUUUCUUCAACAUUAUGUUGAUUAACAGAGAACUGUGAUUAAAGAAACAUUUAUUUUGUGUUUUGAAUUGUAUAGCAAAUAUUUCUUUUGUUUUUCAAUUUUAUUGUUUCACAUUUUGACUAUUUUAUGGAGCAAAUUCUUGGUAUACAAGCAAUAAUCUCCUCUCCAAGAAGAAGUGAUUCGAAAAAACAUCUAAUAAAAAAUUUCGUAUUAAAGGAGAAGGGGCAAAAAAAUAAUAUGCACAUGAACAACUCUGAUCGUAGCUUUUGCAAUCGUCGCGGAUUGAAACCGGUAAGGGGUUAGAAUCAGUUUGAGCGGUAAGAUCCGGUUACCGUUACCGUUGCAUCCCUACUAUCAAUCGCUCUAUUCUUGAAAAUUUCUUAGUAGUGUCUUAACUGGAAAAAAGGCGUAUGAUCAAAAACAUCAUUUUGCACGGGAAAGACGAGGCAUCGAGAAAAUUUCUGCAUUUAUGCCUCACCAUAUAUUAGUAAUGAUUAAGACGAAUACGAGUUUGUAGAAAAUUGAAUGUUGUUUUUUAGAAAAUUUAUUUCAGAAAAAAGAAUGAAGUUUUUUCUCUAUCUAAAAACUAUUCAUUAGAUCUAAUUAACGAUUAUUUUUAAACUAAGAAUAAGAAAUUUGCGAAUUUCUACUUGAAAAGUGGAUUAGAAGAUGAUUUAUUAUAUCCUAUUUAAAAGAGUCACAAAAACACUUUUGGUUUCUAUAAAUACAUAAUUUCAAACGUAUUCUGUUAUGAGGGAAAGAAUGUUUGAUGAAAAAGAGAUGUUUGAAUAGUGCAAAAAUGACACAGGCUUCUCGAGUAACGUUUGGUAUUUAACUUUUUUCUCACUCAAACUCAAUCACAAAAAUUUUGUUUUAUAUGUUUUUGGAAACUCAGAUUUCGGUCUUUUCAACUAAAAAAAUGUUUAGUAUCACCCGUAUUGGGAAUAUGGUAAAAUAUGGCUCGGCUUUCGUCCAAAGACUUUUGUAUCAGCCAUUAGAAGAAGACGAGAGUAGGCAUGCAACACUUACAAUUAAUGGUAAAACUGUAACUGUCAUAACUGUUAGACAAAUAUUCUAGAAUGAAUUAGUCUUUUACGACCUCCAUACAUUUUAAGAAUGUCCUUACUCUCAGACGUAUGCAAAUCGUACAAGACUAACUCACUCGAGAAUAUUUGUCUAGCAGUUAUGACAAUGAGGCGUGAAACGGUAAUGCUAAUUUACCGAUUUAUCAUGACCGUUUUACCGUACGUUACCGAUAUAACGUUAGUUACGAAGGCAUAAGAAAAUGUAUUAGAAAGCGACAUUAUGUAGAGAAUCUAUUGAUGUCGAUAUGUUAACGGUUUUUUUAUUUCUUCUUUAGCUUUUCUUUCUGUAUUUCAUCGGCUCAAAGAGUCCAUAGAAUAGAUUUCUCAUUGUUCAAAUAUGACGUAUACAGUCGACUUUCUUGUUUUAUUUCUUUAAAGAUUCUUGUCUCUUCACAUUUCAGACAAGAAUCCUGUUAGAGGUGGUCGAUCGCCAUUAGAGCAGGGGAAUCUUUUAGUGUGGAAUAUUUUUUAACAGCAAAGUAUGUAGACAUAUUCCUUCAUCACGAAGAAUCGUAUGGUAAUACUUUUAUCGAAAACAGAUUAAGUUUUCUCCGUCAUGGAGGGUUGUCUACUCUAGGUAGGGAAUGAUAUUCAGAUCCGAGAAAUCCUACAAGUCCCCAGCUACCCCUCAUACACAUGUAUAUAUAUAUACAUAUACACAUCCAUAUAAAUAUAUAUGUAUCUAUACAUAUUCCAGGAUAUACAUAUAUAUCUAUAUAUGUAUAUAUCUAAUGCUAUUAGGAUUUCAGAACUAUGCACUAUACAUUACGCACGCCUUGCACAGAUAUCAUAACUAUUGCAUACGCUAGAAAGCAUACAUAUACCUAUAUCUAUAUGUAUAUAUAUAUAUCUGCUUUUUGGCUGCUAAUGCUGGUGAGUGCCUCUUCAGUAGAAAGAACGGGUUUUAAGGCUGUCCAUUCUAGACGAACACACAUUAGCGAAAUACCUUUGACUGCUGAGUCGAGAAAACCUCAAGUUUUUGUCUCUUUUCCAACGGUCGUGGCUCACUCUCAUGGCAUCUGCCCCCCUCCCCCGAU